AUGCAGCCAAGUGUCAUAGUUGCCUUCUUUCUAUUGAGCUGGACAUAUUGUUCAGCUUUCCCUCUAUCCUAUGAUGAUGAUGAGGAUGAUGAUGAUGAUCUGACACAGGAGGACCUACUGUUCGCAGAGAACUAUUUGAAGACAUACUACAAUCUUUAUUCUAACCCUGCUGGCAUACUGAUGAAGAAGACAUCAAGUACUGCAACAGAAAAACUUAGAGAAAUGCAAUCGUUCUUUGGCUUGGAAGUGACUGGCAAAUUGGAUGACGACACUUUAGAUGUGAUGAAAAAGCCAAGAUGUGGGGUCCCUGAUGUGGGAGAAUACAACUUCUUCCCCCGAAAUAUCAAGUGGCCCAAGUUUGAUUUAACCUACAGGAUCCUGAAUUACACCCCAGACAUGACCCAAGCAGAAGUGGACAAGGCAAUAAGAAAAGCGCUGAAGGUCUGGUCUGAUGUGACACCUCUCAACUUUACCAGGCUCCACGAUGGUACUGCUGAUAUCAUGAUCUCCUUUGGAACAAAAGAGCAUGGAGACUUCUAUCCCUUUGAUGGACCUUCUGGGCUUCUGGCUCAUGCUUUUCCUCCUGGGCCCAACUAUGGAGGGGAUGCUCAUUUUGAUGAUGAUGAAACCUGGACAAAUAGUGCCAAAGGAUAUAACUUGUUUCUUGUUGCUGCCCAUGAGUUUGGCCACUCUUUGGGCCUGGACCACUCCAAGGAUCCUGGUGCGCUUAUGUUUCCCAUCUAUACCUAUACGGGCAAAAGUGGCUUUGUGCUUCCUGAUGAUGAUGUACAAGGCAUCCAAACUCUCUAUGGCCCUGGAGAUGAAGACCCGGACCACAAACAUCCCAAAACCCCAGACAAAUGUGAUCCUGCCUUGUCACUGGAUGCUGUCACUAGCCUUCGAGGAGAAACAAUAAUCUUUAAAGAUAGAUUCUUCUGGCGUCUACAUCCUCAGAUGAUUGAGCCAGAUCUGUUUUUAACCAAAUCAUUUUGGCCAGAACUUCCAAACAGUAUUGAUGCAGCAUAUGAGAACCCUGCUCAUGACCUAAUAUUCAUCUUUAGAGGCAGAAAGUUUUGGGCCCUGAAUGGCUAUGACAUACUGAAGGAAUACCCCAAGAAAAUCUCUGAGAUGGGGUUCCCAAAAGAGGUGAAGAGGAUAGAUGCUGCGGUCCACAUUGAAGCUACAGGCGAGACCCUCUUCUUCACUGGAAAUCAUUUCUGGAGCUAUGACGAAACUAACCACACAAUGAACAAAGGCUAUCCCAGACUACUCGAGGAAGAAUUCCCGGGAAUUGGUAACAGAGUAGAUGCUGUCUAUGAAAAAAAUGGUUAUAUAUACUUCUUUAGUGGAGUCUUACAGUUUGAGUACAGCAUCUGGAGUCAACGCAUUGUUAGAGUCAUGCCAACCAAUUCCCUCUUGUGGUGUUGA